AUGCCAGCCGGCUCGUGCUUGAUCACAGGUGGCACAGGCUACAUCGGCUCGUUCACAGCCCUCGCCCUCCUCGAAGCCGACUACAAAGUCGUGAUCGUCGACAACCUCUACAACUCGUCCGCCGAGGUCUUGAACCGGAUCGAACUGAUCUGCGGCAAGCGACCAGAAUACUACAAAGUGGACAUUACGGACGAAAAGGCACUUGACGAAGUCUUCUCCAAACACCCGGACAUCGACAGUGUAAUCCACUUCGCAGCCCUCAAAGCAGUCGGUGAAUCCGGCGAACGACCACUCGACUACUACCGAGUCAACGUAUACGGGACACUAUGCCUGCUAUCUUCGGCGGCUCGCCACAAUGUCACCAACAUCGUCUACUCGUCAUCGGCGACCGUGUACGGCGACGCGACCCGAGUCCCAGGAAUGAUUCCCAUCCCUGAAGAAUGCCCAUUGGGUCCGACAAACCCAUAUGGCAACACGAAAUUCGCAUCCGAACUCAUGAUCACAGACCACAUCAACGCGGAGCGGGCGAAAGCCGCGAAGCAAAACGCAGGCGAACAAGAAGUCAACAAAUGGAACGCCGGCCUUCUUCGUUACUUCAACCCCGCGGGCGCACAUCCAAGCGGCAUCAUGGGCGAAGACCCCAGUGGUGUCCCUUACAAUCUACUGCCGUUAUUGGCCCAAGUUGCCACAGGCAAACGCGACAAGUUGCUCGUCUUUGGCGACGACUACGCAUCAAAAGACGGCACCGCCAUCCGCGACUACAUCCACAUUCUUGAUCUGGCCAACGGCCAUCUCAAGGCUCUUGACUAUCUGCGCCAGCACCAACCCGGCGUGCGCGCCUGGAAUCUAGGAACGGGUCGCGGCUCAACCGUCUUUGAAAUGAUCAAGGCGUUCAGCAAGGCUUGUGGUCGUGAUUUGCCAUAUGAGGUCGUCGGUCGGCGUCCGGGAGACGUUCUCGAUCUUACUUCUAACCCGGCCCGUGCCAAUAGGGAACUCGGCUGGAAAGCUGAGCGCACCCUCGAGGAUGCAUGCGCCGAUCUCUGGAGGUGGACGGAGAACAACCCCGAGGGAUAUCGUCAGCCUCCGCCGCAGAAGUUUGUGGAUGCUUUGAAAAAGAAGAACUAG